AUGAAUUCAGUUUUUGCUGAAAAUUCCCCAGCUGAUAAGGAGACUCUGGCCAAGUUUCACCAAUGGUUCAAAAACCACAAAAAGUUGGAGCUAAUAUCCACAAUGUUCCCCAUGGUCUGCGGCCUUCCCGUGAACAUUUGUAGCGGUGAGCCAUCUGCUUUUAAGCGGGUCAAGCCGAGCCGGAGCCUGGAGGAGACGGAGAGAUUGGUAAGGGACUGGGAAAUCGCAAGAAGGAUGUUCAAGUUGGUUCCUUCGACUGAUUCGAAUUUUUCUCCGGUUCUUCAGGCUGAAGCUCUCCAAGAAGUUGCAGCAACUUCAACAGAAGCUUUGGAUUGUGCUUCUGCAAUGUCGCAACCAGUUCAAUCAUUCAAUGAGCAAACUAAUUGGAUUUCAUGGAAUUGGAACUCACAGUCAGAAUCUCGAUUAAAGCCAGCUCCUGAACCUGAGCUCAGUCCGGCAUAUACAGAAGCUUCAGCAAUUUCGGGUGCCUAUUCAGAAACCGCCCGGCUUCCCACUACUUCCACAACUAUAAAAAGGUCCAGGAAAAGGAAAGAUCCAAGAAAAAUCGUUCCGGAUUCCAUUGUCAAAACUCAAAAACGCUCUCCCCGAAAAGCUCCCAGUUUCGAUGUAUGCGGGAUGAGCUCAUCGAAAAUAUUCGAUUUAUGGUGUGCUGGCCAAGGAUUUGGUUCUAUGCAGGAGACACUGCAGAAGUUUCUUAAUAAUCAGGAAAAACUUAAUGAAGAUCAAGAAAAAAUAAAAAAUGACAAAGAGAGAGAUAGCAUUUCUCAAGUCGAGAAUUCAGAUGGGUCUAGUGAGAGUGGGCUGGCUGACUAUUCACUUUUUCCACAGCUUCUCCUUCCUCAAUAA